AUGCCAAUUAUUGCACCAAUGAAAGCUGGUAAAUCAACUAUUAUAAAUGCGAUUCUCGGACAAGAACUAUUGCCAACACGCAAUACAGCAAUGACAGUCAUACCAACUGAAAUUGUUCUCAACAAUAUAAGUACACAAAAAGCGGACGAUACUCCAUAUCUCUAUUUGGAUGUGAAAUUCAUCGAUGAAAUAAAUCGAAUUCAAUCAUCUAUUCGGAAUCAUCUUCAAAAUUAUUCUGAUGCUUUACAAAAUAUAUUAUUGUCUUAUCCACAUUUAUUGGAAAUAGUUCAACAACUUCAGAAUGCAUCUACAUCUUGUCCUACAUUAACAACAAAAACAUCUGGAGUUGACCAAAUAUGUCGAGUUUUAGCAUUUAUCAAUGAUAUUAUUCGCAUUCAUGUAAUUUUAAUUGAAAAUGAUGAUUCUAAAAUUUCAAUCGAAAAAUUCAGCAUUCUACCUCGGAUUUAUGCACCUUAUUCAGCCAUUGGUGAUGAAUCUUUUAUUCAUAACGCAUUAGGUAAUUUGGUGAUUGUUGACACUCCUGGUCCUAAUGAAGCAUCGGGUUCAAAAUUAUUGAAAAAAAUCUUUCUUGACGAAUUAGAAAAGGCUGGGAUUAUUUUAGUUGUUGUCGAUUUUACGUCGCUCAAUACAGAAGUCGAUCAUAUGGUUGCGAAAGACAUAAAUGAAAUUCGAGAUCUACAACAUUCAUACGAUUCGCUUUAUGCUUUAGUAAAUAAGGUUGAUCAACGCAAUAGACGUAGUUUAACGCAAGAACAAGUCAAAGAACUUGUCAUAACUAAAUUUGGCAUUGGCACUAUAUAUGAGAAUCGAGUAUUUGAAAUACAAGCUCGUCGUGCUCUUCUCUCAAAACAAUUUCGUUUAGAAUUACUAUCAUCAAACUCUUCCGAUAUUAAAGAUUUACCAUCGGCAACCGAUUUUAUUGCCGAAGCAUUUGGUGUUCGAGGAAAAAGAAAGACACCAACAAUGGAAGAACUACAUGAAGCCAUUGAAUGUCUAUGGCAAGAAUCUGGAUUUCCUUCAUUCUUACAUGAUGCUAUUGAAUGUCUAAUAACGAAAGCAGCACCGCGUUGUUUAGCUUCAGCAUUAGCUUUUGGACGAUCUGCAAACGAAAGAUUAAAAGAAAAUGUUCACGUAAGAAGACAAUUACUUGAUCAAGAUGCCAAUAAACUCAAUGAAGAAAUUAUAAAUUUAUCAGAAGACUUAGAUAAACUAGAUGAAGUUAUGGAAACACAAAGAACUAUUCUAGAGCAGACCAAACAAAAUGGAAUUCAACAUGAUAUAAAAGCGAUUUUUGAUGAAGCUAAGAGCAAAGGAUUUCAGACACUUCAAAUGAAAUUCGAUGAUUUAAAGAAAAAAUACUCAGACCGUUCUCUAUUUUUGGCUGGAGCAACAAAUGUCAAGAACAUUUUAAGGAAAACAGAAUCAGAUGAAAAAAGCUUAAAGAAAGCAAUAUUUCAAGAUAUUUUCUUAUGGUUAAUAGAAAGAAUGACCACGUCUAAUGAUCUUCAGUUUGAUACUGAACUCGAAGCAAAAAAUGCGAUCAAAUCAAUCGAAACUCAAGUGCAUGACAUCAGUCAAGAAGUACUUCAUACUAUUAGUGCAGCAAUUAAUGAGAAAUGUGAAUAUCUCCGUGAAAAAUUAAACGCCGAUUUGAAACAUGAAACAGAAGAGGUUUUGACUAAAGCACAGAAUCGUUUAAGAAAUACAUUUAAUUUGAUCAUUAGUUCUCAUCCAUUUAAUGAGAAAGUACCUUUACAUUUACAAGCCAUUGCUGAUAGAUACAAAAUUGAAAGAACACAUCGAGUAUGGUAG